GUGGGCCCUAACAGCACACGCUUUUUCCACCCUGUAGAUUUUGUCAUGUUAAAUGCUGAAAGGGUGACCUGGUGGGCUUGGGCAGUACUUGAGUAACCACCUACUAAACGUCCUGGCUUGAUUUGUCCAUUUUUUUUUUUUUAAAGUCGCAACUUCCCAUCACUUGGUUUUUGAUGGGAUAGUCUAACGUCAGAGUCGAAACCCAAAGUAGGAAAAGUUCUUGAGUGACCUUCGUGCUGUUUCCAGUACAAGCUGGUGCCUGGUUUUGCUGGAUUGUAAUAUGCCCUUUUGAACAAGAAAUAGAAGUCUCUUCAAGGCGCGCUUCCUUGAACUCUGUCCAUGAAUCCCGGGCACGCGGUGAUUUCUCUGAACCAGUGUCUUCAGGGAGGUUGUGUGUCACGGUGAAACCUGAGCCUGUCCUUGGAGGUUUGGAAUUCCUAGAUCCUGAGUAGGGCCUAGAAGCCUAAAUCUGUACUUUUAGGAAUUUCUGCAGUUGAUUUUUGAGAAUCACUCUUAGGAAAAAAAGACUUUAAAAAUAUGUAUUUUGAAGAAUAUUAAGAAAUUUGAGAUUCAGAUUUCAAAGCAGUCACGUAGGGGAAAAAUGCCUAAAAAGAAGACUGGUGCGAGGAAGAAGGCAGAGAACCGCCGGGAACGUGAAAAACAGCUGCGAGCAUCGAGAAGCACUAUAGAUUUAGCUAAACACCCAUGCAAUGCUUCAAUGGAAUGUGACAAAUGUCAGAGGCGGCAGAAGAAUAGAGCAUUUUGCUAUUUUUGUAAUUCAGUACAGAAGUUACCAAUUUGUGCACAGUGCGGGAAAACAAAGUGCAUGAUGAAGUCUUCAGACUGUGUCAUAAAGCAUGCUGGUGUAUACAGUACUGGCCUUGCAAUGGUGGGUGCAAUAUGUGACUUCUGUGAAGCAUGGGUGUGUCAUGGUCGGAAAUGUCUCAGCACACAUGCCUGUGCCUGCCCUCUUACCGAUGCGGAGUGUGUGGAAUGUGAACGAGGUGUCUGGGACCAUGGAGGCAGAAUAUUCAGUUGUUCUUUUUGCCAAAACUUUCUCUGUGAAGAUGAUCAAUUUGAACAUCAAGCCAGCUGCCAGGUUUUAGAGGCGGAAACAUUUAAAUGUGUUUCGUGCAAUCGGCUCGGUCAGCAUUCUUGUCUCCGUUGUAAGGCCUGUUUCUGUGAUGACCAUUCAAGGAGCAAAGUAUUUAAACAAGAAAAAGGAAAACAGCCUCCUUGCCCUAAAUGUGGACAUGAAACUCAGGAAACUAAGGAUCUUAGCAUGUCAACACGCUCCCUGAAAUUUGGCAGACAGGCUGGAGGUGAAGAGGGAGAUGGAGCUUCUGGGUAUGAUGCUUAUUGGAAGAACCUUUCAUCUGAUAAGUAUGGGGAUACCAGCUACCACGACGAUGAGGAUGAGUCUGAAGCAGAGGAUGAUGAAGAAGAAGACGAUGAAGGUGGAAAGGAUUCAGAUGUUGAGUCAUCAGAAUUGUUUACUAAUUUAAAUUUAGGAAGGACCUAUGCCAGUGGCUAUGCUCACUAUGAAGAACAAGAGGACUAGGGGAACUGCUUGCCUGUUGGUGACCUUGCCUGAGAGGAGCAGGAAAGUGUGUGCUUGAUGAAUCGUGUGUGGGUGUUCAGAAGUACUGUCACUUAGCCUUGUGCAAAAGACUAGUCACACUUACUGGGCAAGGGGUAGGCAUAGCAUUUUUAUAGGAACUGAUAAGCAGGCGUAUGGCAUAAGAAAAAUGAUUUUCAAAUGUAAGAUGUUUAUUGAUAUAAGGAAUUAAGCAUCAUGGAUUGGAUUUUUACUGAUUUCAGUAACCUGGUAGGUUUUGCCAAUUAGAUACAUAUAUAGGAUAAAGGAAUAAUUGGAGGGUAAUAUAUUUGAAAUUAAAUUGCUGUUUUUAUGAAAAACACUGCUUAUAAAUACAUUCUGUCUGAUUUUGUAAAAUGUAAUGGGUAAAUAGAGUUAUUGUAUUUUUCCUUGUAUGUCCAUAGGAUACAAGUCAGAUGUUCUAUACUAAAUUUUCAUUAAAUCUUCAUGUCAUCUUACAUAGUCGUGAUAUGUGUGCUUUAGCAACUGAUUCUUCACAAUGUACAUCCUGAAUAGUACCUAUUAAUGCCUAAAUGUAUAGACAAAGGUGACUACAAAGCCAUUUUUCAGACACAGAAUCAGAAUUAGUAUUACACAGAUGCUUUACCCAGGAAAUUUAAUUUCUUUUUGAAUAAAUCUAGUAUUACAGUUACA